AUGAAAGAUUCCCAGGAUGUAUUAAGAGCUCUUGAAGAACAGUCAGGGCUGCAAUGGAACCAUUUCAAGAUUCAAUGGGAGCGACAAAGGGAAAUUCAACUUUCUACAAUUGAGACUGCCACAGAAAAGGAGACCAGGGAACAAGUUGAAGAGUUGGUCCUUUUGGAAGAUAAACUUCGAGAAACACAUCAAGAAAUGAUUGAACUUCGCAACACUCGAAGGAGAAAUAGGACUGACGCUCAGAACCGGCACCUACAACAACUUCCUGAUACAUUGGUCAUGUUAGAAGGAGAGAUUGAAAGUAUUCUGGAUGAACUUGGAACUGAUUACUUUCAAAAUUUACAAGGAGGUUCAGAAGCUGAAAUUAAAGCUUUAAUAAAAAUCAAAAUCGAGCAAAUCAAAGCUUUAUGA